AUGUCGCAGAAUGCAUCCCUUUCUGGUGGGGAUGCCCUUCCUGUUUGCCCUGCUACCGAUAAUACCUUCGGACCUGUGGUUCUAAGUUGUCGGAGAACGUUUGACUUCACUCUUCUCUUUGAGCAAGCCAUUUUGUCAAUUAUUCCUUCUGCGCUACUACUGGUCUCAGCCCUACUCCGGAUAUACAAAUUACGUAACCAAACUCCCAAAGCAGUUCUCGAUCCGUACUGUCAUAUUAAAACGAUCAUAUCAGCGCUGAGUGCGUGUGCACAAUUGACUGUACUGGGUCUAUGGGUCGGAGAUAAGUAUGGACAGACAAGCGUUUCCAUUGCGUCCUCGGUGAUGGCCUUCUUGGCUUCUACGACAAUCGUUCCUCUUUCCUAUCUUGAGCAUAUGCGCUCCGUUCGACCAUCCUCGGUACUGAACAUCUAUCUCCUUGGUUCGCUACUAUUAGACGUUCCGCAGGCACGGACCUUGUUUCUGAGGGGGGAUGACACCAUUGCCUCGAUAUACUGCGCCAUUAUGGCUACCAAGGCUUGUCUACUGGUCCUAGAGGCACAGCGGAAGCAGCUGUUGAUGGGCUCGAAUCGCACUUUAACAUCACCUGAAGCAAUCAGUGGAGUCAUCAGCCGUACAGUCUUCUGGUGGUUAAACAAGCUUCUUGUUUUAGGCUAUCAGACUCUUUUCACGCUAACUGAUCUUUACCCAAUUGAUGAAGACAUCGAUUCGGAAAUUCUGGGCAAAAGACUAAAACACUACUGGCGCCGUGACAAGAAUGGAAACAGAUCGAACGCUUUGUUAAAAGCGCUUGUGCGUUGUUUUGCCCGGCAGCUUCUCGUCCCGGUGCCAGCAAGAGUUCUUCUUAUCGGAUUCAAUUAUGCCCAGCCAUUCUUAGUGUCACGUAUAAUUAGUUAUGUCAGUGUCAGUGGCAGUGGCAGUUCGAAUGACCACAACACGAGAUAUGGAUUAAUCGGCGCCACGAUUCUGACAUAUCUUGGAAGAGCAGUAUUUAAUGCCUCUUACAAACACAAAGUCAACAGGUCUCUGACAAUGCUCCGAGGAGCCAUUGUGUAUCUGGUCUAUUACCAGAUGUUGCACGUACCAGACCGUGGAGAGGAGUACUUAAUGCCGGUCACUUUGAUGAGCACUGACGUUGAGAGAAUUCAGACAAGCUUCGAAGAUCUUCAUGAGUGUUGGGGACAACUGCUGGAGAUUAUCAUAGGAGUAUAUAUUCUCUCAACCUAUCUCGGCUGGACAUGUAUAGCGCCACUGGUCAUAGUUGCUGCGUCAACUAUAGGAAGUGCCAGAGUCGCCCGAAGGAUUACCGGGAAACAGAAACUCUGGGCUGAUUCCGUCCAGCGACGGGUGACUGCGGCUUCUUCGCUUUUGAAUAAUAUGAAGAGCAUACGCAUGUGUGGUCUCACUGAGGAUAUGUUUCAUCAAGUUCAGUCCCUCAGAUUGACUGAGCUGAAGAAGCAACGGGGGCUCAGGUGGAUGAUCAUAGUCACUAAUGUCUUUGCAAAUUUACCACCCGUAUUUGCUUCAGCUGCCACUUUAGCCAUUUACAUGAUUCAAGCCAAGGUCAGAGGUGAAGACCUGCUCAACACCAGCCAAGCAUUCUCAUCAUUAGCCACCUUGUCUCUCCUGAUGUCUCCUGCAAACAAGUUCCUUUUCGCAGUGCCUUCAGUUUCUGCGUGUCUGGGAUCGAUUCAGCGCCUCCAGGACUUUCUAUACGUCAGUUCAGACAUGAGCGAAGAACGUCGAUCCGUGAAUCCCUGCCGCGAUGACGAAAUUACCAGCAUUGAACUGCGUCCCAAAGGUCCUACCUCACUAAAAUCAUUGCAAGACACCUCUGGGGCACUUCAUCCAUCCUCCAUGGUAGAUGUUCGCGAUGCAUCGAUACACUAUCCAGGAUCCAUACAACCAGCAUUGAACUCCCUGAACUUUCAGGUCGAGGACGGAAUGUUGGCUUUGAUUGCUGGUCCCGUCGGUAGUGGGAAGUCCACCUUGCUUAAAGCAAUUCUUGGAGAAUUACCGUGCAGUCAGGGACGGGUGAUGACGGGCUCUACCCGUGUAGCCUAUUGUUCGCAAGCUCCAUGGUUGUUGAAUGACAGCGUCGAACAAAAUAUCUGUGGCCCGACCGGGCACUCGACAAUAGAAAGGGAGUGGUACUCUUCGGUAAUCAAAGCUUGUGCCCUACAACGUGAUAUUGACGAUCUUGCCGAUGGUGAUCGGACAAUGAUCGGAACACGUGGUCUUAUACUCAGUGGUGGCCAAAGACAGCGUCUAGCGCUGGCCCGGGCGAUCUACCAUCGACCCAAGUUACUUCUGCUUGAUGACGUCUUCAGUGCGCUGGAUCGCGGCACGGAGGCCGAGAUUAUUCGAAAUCUAUUCGGGCGUGACGGUCUGGUACGCCGCCUCAAGAUGACGGUUGUUCUGGUUACUCAUGCAGCACACAUUUUUUCUCUGGCGGAUAAAUUAAUCAUUCUCGACUCCAGAGGCCAGAUACGAGAGCAGAGAAUGCAGGGGCAGUUGAAAAAUAACAACUUUGCAUUUGAGGCAGUGCCGCCGGCGUCAUCUGAGGCAACAGCGGCUAAGCCGGUGGUACAGACACACAAUGUCUUACGUGACGAGCAAAGGCAGGAUUUAUCCCGGCAGACUGGAGAUGUGAAGGUCUAUAAGUACUACCUAGGAUUCAUAGGAUGGCAGCUUCUCGCGCCUUUCGGUGCCAGUGUGAUUUGCAACACUUUCACUGCACUCUUUCCUCAGAUCAUUCUGGGGUGGUGGACCGCUGAUACUGGUGCUCACUUUUUGCUGUACAUGGUGAUUUAUGCUACGCUACCGCUUGUCACGUUGUCAGCGAUGGCGCUUGCUAUAUGGUUAAUGUUAAUGAAGAUCGCGCCCAAGACAUCCGUGCAACUGCACGAAGUCCUGCUCAUAAUAGUGACAAGAGCAUCGAUGGGCUUUCUUGAUAGAACAGAUACUGGGAGCUUAUUGAAUAGUAGAUUCAGCCAAGAUAUGACACUUCUGGACUCCAAACUGCCCUCAGCCCUCAUGCUGGCCGUAUUCAACCUCUCGCGGUGCCUCGGCCAAUUAGCCUUUGUUUCCGCCGGGGCAAGCUUCAUGGCUCUUACCCUGCCUCUGCUGUUCAUUGUGCUGCACGUGCUUCAGAAGUUCUACCUUAGAACAUCGCGCCAGCUCCGUCUGCUAGAUCUUGAGGCUAAAGACCCCUUGUACACCCUCUUCACCGAGACACAAGAGGGAGCAUCAUCGAUCCGAGCGUUUGGUUGGCAGGACAAAUUCCUCAGCAUGCUUGUGCGGAAACUGGAUGUUUCGCAAAGCCCCUUCUACCUGCUUCUGUGUGCCCAGAGAUGGUUGCAGUUGGUUUUAGAUCUCAUUGUCGGUACACUGGCGGUGGCCGUGGUGGCCUUGGCGCUGAACCUACACAAUACCACCAAUGGUGUCAUGAUUGGCGUUGCCCUUAAUAAUAUCAUUAACCUUGGCGUCGACCUGAACCAGCUGAUCAUCGCUUGGACGGACAUGGAAACGUCACUGGGGGCUAUUGCCCGUCUAAAACAACUUCAAGCUACGACGCCAGCAGAGGAACAGCCAAGUAAAGCUAUCAAUCCUCCUCUCGACUGGCCUCAACAUGGGGCGAUCGAGUUCCACAAUGUCACAGUUUCAUAUGAUGGGAAAGCACCUGCACUGAACAGCAUCAGUCUCUCGGUUGGCGCGGGUGAACGAGUCGCUCUGUGUGGCAGAACCGGAAGUGGCAAGAGUACUCUAUUAGCCGCCUUUUUGCGACUUCCCGACGUUCAGUCCGGUACAAUUACUGUCGAUGGAGUUGACCUCCGAAGCAUCGAUAGUAGCUUGAUCCGACAACGCAUGACGGUAAUCUCACAAGAGCAAUUUCUAGUUGGAAGGACCCUGCGCCUUAGCAUUGAUCCUAGCAGUGCUGCCUCCGACGAGCAGUGCAUAUCAGCACUCCAGAACGUCAAGCUGUGGCCAAUCUUCGAGAAAAAAGAUGGGCUGACAACCGCGCUCGACGGAGUGACCAUGUCUCAUGGCCAGCGACAGCUACUGUGCCUAUGCCGGGGGAUGCUUAAAAAGACGACAAUUCUACUCCUCGAUGAAGCGACGAGUAAUGUGGACCCCACAACGGAUCAACUGAUGCAGAAAGUGAUCCGAGAGCGAUUUGCCAACUGCACGAUUAUCACAGUCGCACAUCGUCUGGACACUAUUCUGGACAACGAUCGUGUCUUUGUGCUUGAGGCGGGCUCAGUAAUUGAGGAGGGCAACCCAAAAGAGCUUCUGCAGCGGGAGAGCGCGUUUAGAGCGCUACAUGAAGGCCGGCGUCGCGCAUAG